AUGGCGAAGGAAAACACCAAGACGCUCUCGUUUGUGGUUUCAAGUUUCAGAACAAGCACGAGUCGCCGCCUGAGGAUAUCACAGACUUCUAGAGUGGAGAUGAGUGCAAAUGACGUACCUUUUCAAUCACCAGGAGAUUACGUUAGAUUCAUAAGCCCUGACGUCUACAGAUCCAACAGACAGAAAUAUCUCAGAAGCUACACGUUCAAGGGCUACGACGAUGAAGAAAUCUUGUCGGCCAAGAAACAGAGGAAGUGGUUCAAGAACAAAAAGGUCAUGAAGAUGAAGAUGAAGAAGACGAGUGAGUCAUUUGGAAACUCGCUCAAGUCUUGUCUCAGGCUCUUGUUCUCUUGCUUCCAUGUCUAAUUCUCAUCUUUGUUCGAUAACUUUU